AGUACACGUAAUUAUUUCACAUCUCAAUAAGUUUACUUUCAAAAACAAGUUCUAAAAAAAAAAAAAAAACUUCAUCAAUGGAAGAAGGAAAGUCGAGAAAGCUAGGUGGUUCUCUGAAAGUCCCUAACGUUCAAGAACUUGCAAAGCAACAACUAGCAGCCGUUCCACCACGAUAUAUACGUGAUGAUAUUGAAAAUCAAUCAUAUUCUUCCAUAGUAAUAUUGCCUCAAGUUCCAGUUAUUGAUAUGAAAAAAUUGCUGGAAAUUGGAGAUAUUGAUGAUGAUUCGGAGCUCGAGAGGCUUCAUCUUGCUUGCAAAGAAUGGGGAUUUUUCCAGUUGGUGAAUCAUGGAGUGAAUUCAUCAUUGAUGAAGAAAGUGAAAUCGGAAAUCAGAGCAUUUUUCGAUCUACCAAUGGAAGAGAAGAAGAAAUUUGAGCAAGAAGAAGGAGAUCUCGAAGGAUACGGGCAAGCUUUUGUUGUAUCUGAAGAACAAAAGUUAGAUUGGGCUGACAUACUUUACAUGAUCACUCUCCCUACUCAUUUGAGAAAACCUCACUUGUUUCCAAAGCUUCCGGCCUCACUCAGGGAUGCAUUGGAACAAUACUCAACAGCACUCAAGCAACUUGCUAUGAAAAUUCUGUACGUAAUGGCAAGAGCUUUAGGGAUGAAAGCAAAGGAUAUGAAUGUACUAUUUGAAGAAGACGGGACACAAAUGAUGAGAAUAAAUUAUUACCCUCCUUGUCCUCAACCAGAGCACGUAAUGGGGUUAUGCCCUCAUACUGAUGCUAUUGGUCUAGCCAUACUCCUUCAAGUUACUGAAACGGAAGGUCUUCAAAUUAAGAAAGAUGGGGCUUGGAUUCCAGUUCCAUAUCUUCCUGAUGCCUUUGUUGUCAACAUUGGAGAUAUUUUAGAGAUUGUGACAAAUGGAAUUUAUAAGAGCACUGAACAUCGAGCAAUUGUGAACGAAGAUAAAGAGAGGAUUUCGAUUGCUACAUUUUUAAGCCCCAAAUUGGAUGGAGAUUUAGGUCCAGCUCCUAGCCUCCUUACUCCUCAAUGCCCUGCAGAAUUUAGGAGGAUUGGAGUGGCUGAUUACUUCAAAGGAUAUUUCUCUCGAGAGCUCGUUGGAAAAUCAUAUGUCGAUUCUAUAAGAAUUAGAAAUGGAGAUGAUGGAAGCAAUGCAACGCACCAUAAAAUCUUACGCAAUAAUCUUUCCAUCCUAGUUAACGAUUUUGCAGGGAAAAAAAUAAAGUUGAUGAUGGAAGAAGCGAGGUCGAGAAAGCUAGGUGGCUCUUUGAAAGUUCCUAACGUUCAGGAGCUGGCAAAACAACAACUAGCAGGUGUUCCACCACGAUAUAUUCGUAAUAAUGACGAAAAUCAAUUGUAUAAUUCUUCCGUAAUAUUGCCUCAUCAAUUAGCUCCAGUUAUUGACAUGAAAAAACUGCUGGAAAAAACUGCUCCAGUUAAAAACGAUGAUACGGAGCUUAACAGGUUUCAUCUUGCUUGCAAAGAAUGGGGAUUUUUCCAGUUGGUGAAUCAUGGAGUGAGUUCAUCAUUGAUGGAGAAAGUGAAGUCAGAAAUCAGAGCAUUUUUCGAUCUACCAAUGGAAGAGAAGAAGAAAUUUGAGCAAGAAGAUGGAGAUGUCGAAGGAUACGGGCAAGCCUUUGUUGUAUCUGAAGAACAAAAGUUAGAUUGGAGUGACAUACUUUACAUGAUCACUCUCCCUACUCAUUUGAGAAAACCUCACUUGUUUCCAAAGCUUCCCACCUCACUCAGGGAUGCAUUGGAACAAUACUCAACAGCACUGAAGGAACUUGCUAUGAAAAUUCUGUACGUAAUGGCAAGCGCUUUAGGGAUGAAAGCAGAGGAACUGAAUGUAUUAUUUGAAAAAGAUGCGACCCAAAUGAUGAGACUAAAUUAUUACCCUCCUUGUCCUCAACCAGACCGCGUACUGGGGUUAUGCAAUCACACUGAUUCUAUUGGUUUAACCAUACUCCUUCAAGUUAGUGAAACUGAAGGUCUUCAAAUUAAGAAAGAUGGAGCUUGGAUUCCGGUUCCAUAUCGUCCUGAUGCCUUUGUUGUUAACAUUGGAGACAUUUUAGAGAUUGUGACAAAUGGAAUUUACAAGAGCAUUGAACAUCGAGCAAUCGUUAAUGAGGACAAGGAGAGGAUCUCUAUUGCUACAUUUUUUAGCCCCAAACUGGAUGGAGAUUUAGGUCCAGCAGCUAGCCUCCUCACUCCUCAAUCCCCUGCACAAUAUAGGAGGAUUGGAGUGGCCGAUUACUUUAAAGGAUAUUUUUCUCGAGAGCUCGUUGGAAAAUCAUACAUAGAUACUCUAAGGAUUGGAAAUGAAGAUGAUGAGAGCAAUUGAUCAA